GGGGCGUGGGCAGAAGUACUACCAGAUCUCGUCAAAGCUGGUAACAACACAGCUUUGAAUGCCGCCAUCAAAGCCUUUGCUUUCUCCAUACUGGUGUGCGAGACGCAACGCAAGAUCCCCAUGGCGACGGCGCUUGAAGCAUAUAGCGUAGCGCUACGAUCCGUCAACGACUCGCUCAAGAUCCCCAACAAGUCAUCGUUGGUUCAGCUAAUGGCUGCUGUAAUGUGCUUGCUCUUUGCUGAGCUUGUGUUGCCAACAAGCCUUGAAAGCUGGACCGCUCAUUUAGAGGGACUUGGGGAGUUGAUGCAGACGCGAGAGCCACAGUUCUACGCAUCAGGCAUCGCCCACAGGCUAUUUGUCGGGGCAAGACCGGCAUUGAUUGUACUGAAGAUCCAGUCGAGAAAGGCAUCUUUCCUUGCCUCAGAAGAGUGGCAAACAGCUCCUUUCCAAGAGAUCAUUCCUUCGCCAAUGCAAGCAUUGAUGAACGAAGCAACUGCUAUUCCGGGCAUCAUCGAAAGAAUGAGCCAGGAGGCUGGAAUCACGACUGCUGACAGGCUAUUGACGGAGCUCGAAGCAUUGCUUGACCGACUUGCGCUGUGGGAAACAAGCUUCCAGGCCACUCCUGAGGCCCCUCGUUUCUGGUAUGAUGGAGACUGCAUCUGGUUUGACAGCCUCACAACAGCUAACGGCCUGACGCAUUGCUGGGCGUUCAAUGUGAUUUGCUUGACAUGUGUCGGGAAGAUUGUGGGCUUAUUUCCAGACCUGCGUCCCUUUGCUCAUAUAUCGCGAGGGAUGGUCUCUCAAGAAACCAGGCGGAUGUCGAUGCUCAUAUGCCGGAGCACCAAGUAUUUGAUGCAAGACAAGAUGAAGCUCUUUGGGCCAACAUCUAUUGUCCUCCCCCUCCAAACGGCGUAUGACACCCUGAAGGCUGGAGGCGCCGAAACGGAGAGGGAUUUCGCUUGCUGCAAAGAGAUACUUGAGUCAGCUCUUGGAGAAAAGCACUUUUUAUCUCUCUUUUUCAAAGGAGACGUGUAA